GCUGAAGACCAUAUGGCAUCAGAACCAAGGAUUAAAAAACUGGAACCAGUACUUUUGCCAGGUGAAAUUGUGGUAAAUGAAGUAAAUUUUGUAAGAAAAUGCAUCGCAACAGAUACAAGUCAAUAUGACCUGUGGGGCAAAUUGGUUUGCACUAACUUCAAGAUUUCCUUUAUUACGGAUGACCCAAUGCCACUACAGAAAUUCCAUUAUAAAAACCUCCUCCUUGGUGAACAUGAUGUCCCACUAACAUGCAUUGAGCAGAUUGUCACAGUGAAUGACACCAAGAGGAAGCAGAAGGUCCUUGGUCCCAACCAAAAACUUAAAUUUAAUCCAACUGAAUUAAUAAUUUAUUGCAAAGACUUCCGUAUUGUCAGAUUUCGUUUUGAUGAAGCGGGUCCUGAAAGUGCAAAAAAGGUGUGCCUUGCAAUAGCUCAUUAUUCUCAGCCAACGGAUCUUCAGCUUCUCUUUGCAUUUGAGUAUGUUGGGGAAAUAUAUCACAAUCCAGCAAAGAAGGUGAAUGGAAUAGACCCAGGAGGUGGUGGUGGCAGCAUCGGCAGUGCCAGUGGUCAGCAGACACCUUUGUUUGAAACUUACUCUGAUUGGGAUAGAGAAAUCAAAAGGACAGGUGCAUCAGAGUGGAGAGUUUGUUCAGUCAAUGAAGGUUAUAUGAUAUCUACUUGCCUUCCAGAAUAUUUUGUGGUUCCAUCUUCCUUAGCAGAUCAAGACCUUAAGCUAUACUCCUACUCUUUUAUUGGGAGACGAAUGCCAUUAUGGUCCUGGAAUCAUCCUAACGGGAGCGCCCUUGUAAGAAUGGCCAACAUUAAAGAUGUAUUGCAACAAAGAAGAAUUGAUCAAAGGAUUUGUAAUGCAAUAACUCGAAGCCAUCCCCUGAGAAGUGACGUUUACAAAUCUGAUCUGGACAAGUGUCUCCCCAACAUCCAGGAAAUCCAGGCUGCACAUAACAAACUCAAACAGCUGUGUGUUAAUGAGCCUUUUGAAGAAACUGAAGAGAAGUGGCUAUCCUCACUGGAAAAUACUCGCUGGUUAGAGUAUAUUAGAUCGUUUCUUAAGCAUUCUGCUGAGCUUGUAUAUAUGAUGGAGUGUAAGCACGUUUCUGUAGUUCUACAAGAGGAAGAGGGACGGGACCUGAGCUGUCUUGCUGCUUCUCUCAUUCAAGUCAUGCUGGAUCCCUAUUUUCGAACAAUUGUUGGAUUUCAAAGCUUAAUACAGAAGGAAUGGGUCAUGGCAGGAUAUCAGUUUUUAGAUAGGUGUAACCACUUAAAGAGAUCUGACAAAGAGUCUCCUUUGUUCUUGAUGUUUCUUGACUGUGUUUGGCAGCUGCUAGAACAAUACCCAGCAGCCUUCGAGUUUUCUGAAAUGUACUUGACCAUAUUGUACGACAGUGCACGUAUCUCAUUGUUUGGCACUUUCCUUUUCAAUUGUCCUCAUCAGCGAGUGAAGGAAAGCACUGAAUUUGCCAUAAGCAAAAAUAUUCAGCUGGGUGAUGAGAAAGGCCUCAAAUUUCCUUGUGUUUGGGAUUGGUCUCUGCAGUUUACAAGCAGGGAUCGCCUGCUCUUUCACAACCCUUUGUAUAUUGGAAAGAGUGCACCAUGUGUACAAAAUGGAGCAGUGAAAACUUUUAAACGCUCAAAGAAAAACUACAGCUCCACACUGCGCAGUGUCCCCCCAGCAUUAAAAAACGGAAUCAUCAGUGAGCAGGAGUUCCUUCCAAGAAGAAACUCUCUGAUACUAAAACUGAAACCGGACUUUUUACAGCAAACAGAGAGUCAGAGCAACAGUAUGGAACAGUACUUCAGAGACUGGUUUGCAAAGCCUGUUGAUUUGCAUGGCGUGAUUCUACCCCGUAUCUCUGGAACACAAAUAAAACUCUGGAAACUGUGCUACUUCCGCUGGGUUCCUGAGGCCCAGAUUAAUCAUGGUGGCUCCAUCACUGCUUUCCAUAAAGUUUCUUUGCUGGCAGAUGAAGUAGACAUGUUAAACCGGAAUCUUCGGCAGUACAAAAGCAAUUCUUCUUUGCAAGGCAACUGCUCGGAACUGGAUCAAAGCAGGAUGUACUUCAGAGCAAAUAGUUUAAAUGACACCUCUGGGGCCCCAGACUUCCUCUCCUCCUCAUUCCCAUUUUCUCCUGUAGGGAACCUAUGCAGACGGAGCAUUCUGGGAACACCUUUAAGCAAAUUUUUAAGCGGUGCCAAAAUCUGGCUAUCCACUGAAACGCUUGCAAAUGAAGACUAAGAUGAUGCGAUGGUUUAAAGGUUUGGGGAGAAUACAGCAUAUCAUUUUGUCUUUUCUAGGUUAACACUGCUAAAUGCGGCAUUGAAAGCUGUAAUAAUUUUUAUAUACAAACAUUACGUAAGUUUUGCACAAAUGUUUAAAAGCAAAGCGAGUCAUGCUUCAAAUCGCACAACUUUGUCUUCAGUAGUUCUCAUCUGGUAGGGCUUCUGGUCCCUAAU